AUUUCUAAGGGUUGCGGGCUGAAAUAAUCUUUCAGCGUAUCCACAUUUUGCUGGAAGGUACAAUCACGAGGUGCAGCCGGGGCAACCUUGUCGCAAAUGACGUCGUAAGUUUCGGUUCCCAUGUAAUGUAGCAAGUUGUUCUUCUUAUCCCGCUCUUCGGUCACUCUGUAGAUGUCGAAGGCAGUUUCCAGUCGAUCCAUCCACCGCAUCCAUUUUGAUUUGCGUUUGUCAAAUGGAUCCAUAGCAAAAAUUCGGUGGUGGAACUGUACCAGCAGCGGCAGCUGCGUUCGGUAUAAUUGAAGAACUCGUAGAUGGCACGUUGCCCGCGUUACUUGCUUGAUCAACCAUGCUCGUCGCCAAAACUGUUGUAUCUUUGUAAUUAAUAAACAGUUAUUUGUCGUAGUUCACUGUAUUAUUUAUUUCUGCUUCGUGAUUGCUUCCUUGCUCGUAGGCUUCCCUUUUAGUUCUCCCUGACAGUUCUUCUUACGGAACCCUCCUUUUAUCCCAAGGUUUCCACACUGUAAGGUAAAUGUUGGGUGCGUACGUGCAGGGUACUCACGCGCCCUCUCUGCGAGAUGUUUUCUCUCGUCGGUUGAUGGACACGAGUGUCCUAGCGAGAGAUUCGUCCCGAUCCGCGAUCCCGAUUGUUACUCGUUACACGAUCGGGAUGCGAGCGGCAGUCGGGAUACAGCUAGCAACGAAUGUGGUGCGGUGUCAUUUCAAGGCGGAAAUAAAUUAAGUUUAUUUAUUGUAGUUUAUCUAAUUUACGUUGUGUCGUAAACACUUAUUCGGCCACAUAUCACACGGCAACGUAAAAGUGGCGACGAGAACAAUUUACUUGAACGUGUGUUCAGUUUAACGUGUGCAAGUGUAUCAAACAUAGGACUACCGUGUCGCAAGCGUCGUAGGAUGGAGCAAGCCGACGCAAACCAGAUGGAUAUUUUUGCGGACGUUGACCCGCGUCGAUUAUCGCAAAAUCGUGCCAGCGUACCAGGCGUGUCUUUGCCAAAUUUCGCGCAUCGAGAAGGAGCAUCAGUAGUACCGCCAAUGAUAAUCCAGCCGCCAUCGCAGCCUACGUCGACGCCAUCGCUAAACAAUGCGUCACCAGCCAUCAUUAGCAGCGCGGAUAGUGCAACGAUGCUGCAAAUGAUGAAUUUGCUUCAACAGCAAAUGACACAGCAGCAGCAGCUGCUUAAAGAUUUUCUUGACGCGCGCAUUGCCGAGCCAAUGUGCCCCACCCACCACCUUGCAGCCUGAACAAAUAAUUGAUACUCUGUCUCACCACAUUUCAGAGUUUCAAUACAACAAGGAGACUGGUAUAACCUUCAAAAGCUGGUUUUCACGCUAUCUCGACCUGUUCCAGAAGGACGCGGCAAGGAUCGACGACGCAGCCAAAGUGCGAUUGUUGCUGCGCAAACUGGGACCAUCCGAGCACGAUCGCUACUUAAGCUUCAUCAUGCCGAGCCGCCCGCCGGAUUUUUCACUCGAGGAGACUGUGGAAAAACUUACAUGCCUGUUCGACACCCAAGAAUCGCUGCUGAGCAAGCGGUUCAAAUGCUUGCAGAUCAUGAAGACGCGGACCGAGGAUCAUCUCAGCUAUGCGUGUCGAAUUAACAAGGCGUGUGUCGAGUUCGAGCUGAAGAAGUUGAACGAGGAAGAGUUCAAGUGUUUGCUGUACGUGUGCGGGUUGAAAGACGAGAUCGACGCAGACAUCAGGACGCGACUGCUAGCCCGCAUUGAGGAUAAGGCCUGCGUGACCUUGCAACAGAUUUCUUCAGAGUGCCAUCGGUUAAUCAACCUGAAAAAGGAUAGCGCAAUGAUCGAGGCACCGGUACCAGAGCGUGUUCUAGCAGUAAACACAAAAAUGCAUCGCGCACCACGUCAGUUCCAACCCAAGCGCGACAAUCCUACUACCCCCUGUUGGUCGUGCGGAGGGCUGCAUUGGAGCCGCGAUUGCCCGUACAAGCAACACCGAUGCACAACAUGUUCCCAGACGGGCCACAAAGAAGGUUAUUGCAACACCAUAAGAUCCCGUAAGCCCGGCAAACGCCCCUGGAAGCAGCGUAAAACACAAUUAAGGAUGGUGACAGUGAACGUCCAGAGUGUACAGCAACGGCGCAGAUUCGUGUCACUUACGAUGAAUGGUACACCGGUUCGUAUGCAGUUGGACACGGCUUCCGACAUUACUGUGAUAGAUCAUACAACGUGGAAGCUCAUUGGCAGUCCCCAGUUAGCAGCACCAUCCGUAAUCGCUAGAACCACCUCAGGUGCUAACCUAUCCCUGGAAGGAGAGUUUCCGUGCACUGUCGAAGUGAAUGGACAGGCAAAGCAAACCGUGAUUCGCGUCUCGAAAUCGCGUUUGUUACUUUUAGGUGCUGAUGUUAUCGACGCGUUUGCUCUAUGGUCGGUUCCGAUGGAUAGUUUUUGCUGCCACGUUACAGGUACGUCUACCACGCCGAAGCAAUGGCAAGAACGGUUCCCAACAGUCUUUCAAGGAAUAGGCCUAUGUAAAAAGGCAGGGGUUACCUUGACGCUGAAAGACAACUGCCGUCCAGUCUUUCGUCCAAAAAGACCCGUUGCAUACGCUAUGCAAGAGCCUGUAAAUCUAGAUUCACCUGUAAAGUUUUCUGAAUGGGCAGCACCGGUAGUAGUGGUUAAGAAGGCAAACGGGAAAAUUCGCCUAUGUGGCGAUUAUUCCACUGGGUUGAACGAAGCGCUAAGACCACAUGAUUACCCGUUACCACUCCCAGAGGACAUAUUUUCAAGGCUGUCCAACUGUACCAUGUUCAGCAAAAUCGACUUAACGGACGCAUUUCUCCAAGUCGAAAUCGAUCCUCAAUACAAACCGCUACUUACCAUAAAUACGCAUAGAGGCUUGUACCACUACAACCGCCUACCGCCCGGCAUCAAAGUUGCUCCUGCUGCCUUCCAGCAACUUAUGGAUACAAUGCUCGCAGGGCUUAAGGGCGUAUCAGGAUAUCUUGACGAUAUCAUCGUAGGAGGAAGUAGCGAACACGAGCAUGACACAAAUUUGGCAGAAGUAUUACACAGGCUUCAAGAAUAUGGAUUUACGAUACGAGCCGAUAAAUGUGCUUUUAAACAGCAGAAAAUCACGUACCUUGGACACGUGAUCGAUAGCCACGGGUUACGACCAGAUCCGUCAAAAAUCGAGCUUAUAAAGAAGCUCCCUGAACCGAAAGACAUAUCCGGUGUGAGAUCACUUCUGAGAGCAAUUAACUAUUACGGGAAGUUCAUCCCGAAUAUGAGGAAGCUGCGAUAUCCGUUAGACAAUUUGCUUAAGGCAAAUAAUUCAUUCUGCUGGACGCCAGAAUGCAAAAAGUCGUUCGCAACGUUCAAGUCUCUCCUAUCGUCCGACCUACUUCUAACGCACUAUGAUCCACGGCAGAAGAUAAUCGUUUCUGCAGACGCUUCGUCCAUCGGCCUUGGCGCAACGAUUAGCCACGUGUAUCCUGGAGGUGCAAUGUGCGUAAUUCAACGUGCUUCCAACAACAGUGAAGCAGAGCGUCAUUACAGCCAAAUCGAUCGCGAAGGCUUGGCUAUCAUCUUCGCUGUUAAAAAGUUUCAUAAAAUGAUCUUCGGCAGGCGUUUUGUUCUUCAAACGGACCAUCGACCUCUUCUUCAUAUUUUCGGCUCGAAGAAGGGUAUCCCGACCGUCACCGCAAACCGUUUGCAGCGUUUCGCACUCACUCUUCUAGCGUAUGAUUUCAGCAUAGAGUAUGUACGCACCGAUGACUUCGGAAACGCUGACUUGCUUUCGCGCCUGAUCAACACACAAGCCAAACCUGAAGGGAUCCUCACUCCGCUGCAGCAUUAUACCGAACAAGGCGAGGGGACAUUCCGCUUUGGACCGUCGUCACACGGCAUCACCGCCGCCCGUUGCAGCGUCAUCGGACACACACUGGUGCAGCAUCGUCAUCGGGGCACCACAGCCGCCCUUCUGCACCAGCAUCAUCGCGGAGCCCGAUAAGGCACAGUGCUGAGGCA